AUGUAUCACAGUGCAUGGCCGAAACUGGUGAUAUUUUAUGCUCUAUCUGAAAUCGUGGAGGAUCUUUGGCCAAAGGAGGUGCAAUUUGAUUUUAUGGAUUUAAUAAAUCCACAUCCGGAUUCGACCCGAAUUCUUCUUUCUGUGCUUACAAAAUUCCUCGGUUUCAUUUCCGAG